GAGCAGUCAUUGGCGGCGGGGGCUGGUACGCGGCGGCUGUGGGGGUGGAGGGUGAGCGGAGCGCUGGGGGAGGCGGGAAUUCCCGACCGGAGGCCGGAACCCGGCGGGGGCCAUGGAGUGAGACCCUCGCGAGGUCUGAGAGUCACUGGAGCAGCCGGCCACCAUGGGGCCCUGGGGAGAACCAGAGCUCCUGGUGUGGCGCCCAGAGGCAGUGGCCUCGGCUCCCCCACUGCCUGUGGGCCUGGAGGUGAAGUUGGGGGCCCUGGUGCUCCUGCUGGUGCUCACGCUCAUCUGCAGUCUGGUGCCCAUCUGUGUGCUACGCCGACCGGGAGCCAGCCCCGAAGCCUCAGCCUUCCGCCAGAAAGUCCUGAGCCUGGUAAGCUGCUUUGCCGGGGGUGUGUUUCUGGCCACCUGUCUCCUGGACCUGCUGCCCGACUACCUGUCUGCCAUAGACGAGGCCCUGGCAGCCCUGCACGUGACGCUUCAGUUUCCCCUACAAGAGUUUAUCCUGGCCAUGGGCUUCUUCCUGGUCCUGGUGAUGGAGCAGAUCACGCUCGCUUACAAGGAGCAGUCGCUGCCACCACCUCGAGAGGAGACAAGGGCGCUGCUGGGAACAGUGAAUGGUGGGCCACAGCACUGGCAUGAUGGGCAAGGCCUCCCACAGGCAAGUGGAGUUCUGGCAGCUCCCUCAGCCCUGCGUGCCUGUGUACUGGUCUUCUCCCUGGCUCUGCAUUCGGUGUUCGAGGGGCUGGCGGUGGGACUACAGCGAGACCGGGCCCGGGCCAUGGAGCUGUGUCUGGCUUUGCUGCUCCAUAAGGGUAUUCUGGCCGUCAGCUUGUCCCUGAGGCUGCUGCAGAGCCACCUGCGAGCAAGGGUGGUGGCUGGCUGCGGCAUUCUCUUCUCAUGCAUGACACCUCUGGGCAUUGGGCUGGGCGCAGCUCUGGCAGAGUCAGCCGGCCCACUGCACCAGCUGGCCCAGUCUGUGCUGGAGGGCAUGGCAGCUGGCACCUUUUUCUAUAUCACUUUCUUGGAAAUCCUGCCCCAGGAGCUGGCCACUGCUGACCAGAGGAUCCUCAAGGUCAUUCUGCUCCUAUCAGGCUUUGCCCUACUUACUGGCCUACUCUUCAUCCAAGUCUAGGAGGCUCCAAGAGGGGCGGGGGAGAUUGGGUACCAGGUGCCCUUGACCCACCUCCCCUCCUCAGGAAUGGGGAAGGGAAGUAUUGAGGUCCAGAGAGUUCUCUGAGAGGUGAGGGUGGAGCUUUUGGGACAAUUUGACCAAUGGGAAAGAAGUGGGUAGACAAAAGUCUGGUCCCCAGGCUCAAGGGACAAGGCAUGAUCAAGUCACUAGAGACAUGAUCAAGAGACAUUAGUAUUAGGGAAGACAUUGCACGCUAGAAUUGGGCAGACACUACACAGGGACAGACUGACACUGGGGAGGCUUUGGGAUGGAAGUAGAGAGAACACAGGCCCAGAGUCAGCAGUUCUCUUGCUUCUAGCCCAUUUCAUCCCCCUGUCAUUUGGAGUAGAUCCCUCCUAAUUUUCUUAGCUCCUACUCUCACACCUGUCUCCUUUCCUUCUCCCAAGACACUAGUGCCAAGUGGCCUCUUCCUGCCAGUAUUGGUACCUUCUCUGGCUUCUCCAGUUCUGCUCACUCUAUUUUUAAAGUGCCAAAUAAAAUGCCCUCCCUUUUUCUCAAAGCACAGUGAUGUACUGAGCCCUGCUCAGCACCUCAGUGAAGGGGUCGUCCUCUUGCUCCUUAUUUUAGUCCCAGAUUCUGGGGUGGGGCAGAAAUGUUUGUUGAGUUGGGGUGGAGGGAGGGUUGGUAGAUCCGAGGGCCCUACCAUUGCUGCACUCUAGGAAUACUGAACAUGGAUAUAUGGUGCCCCAUAUGCCACAGAUGAUAAACAUUGAGCUGC